AUAACUUUAUGAUCUAGCACCUUUUGAUGUUGACAUGCCUCGAAAGAAUGCAGAUCAUGUUCAAAAUUUAAAUUGUUUGCGUCUUUGAAAACAUUAUGUGUUAAUUGCUGGAGCUUUUCAUCGACCGAACCUCUGACUGAAAGUUGUAAGGACCAUGGGAUUGUGAAAAUGAACUCUUUGUACAAUGGCAGUACAAAACGUGUUAGGCAAGGCUAGAGGCCUUCUUGUAGAUUCGUUGUUGAUCCAUGUGAUAUUGGAAGCCUUGAUGAUCAAUUUUCUGAUACUGAAGGAAGUCAAAUGUAACAGUGUUUCCUGUCCAGUAUCAAGACAAACUAUGGAUAUUGUUCCAAACUGUCCAACCAGUGAAUCAGAAUGGAACAAAGCUUCUCAAAGAAAGAACUGUUCAGCUUUUGCCAGCCAGUGUAGUGAGCCUAACAAACUUGUGUGCCACUGUGUGAUCAAUCCAUUUGUAAAUCAAACACUGGAAGUCUGUGCUUAUGGGAUGUAUAUUGUUUUAGGUUAUUGUACAGAGUACAGCUACAGUGGCAAUAUAGUCCAGCAGAAUUAUGAUACAGACUGUUCCCAAUUUACCCAGAAUCCAUGUCCCAGUGGCUACCACUCCACAGAAGCAUACAAAUACCCCGGUUGCUAUGAGCUGACAAAGAAAUCCACAGUACAAAAUGCAACUACGGUUGCCUCUGUCCCAACCUCUGACACAAAUGUACCAACUCAAAAUGUGUCCAAGGUUAAAGAGUACGUUAUAUAA